AUGUUUGGGAGCUGCUGUGGUGUCCAUAAGGGUGUGGCCAGGUAGCUGUGUGGUGAAGUAGCACAUGUAUUCUUUGCGCCACGGUGCGACAAAUGUAGAAUUCAGUACCAUACAUCCCGCUUGACUUUUUAGCUGACUGGCAUGGCAGACAUACCUCGAAACAUUCGGGUCAAGCUUGAAGAGGCGAUCGAGGGGCUCACAUAUCCGGCUAACACCGUCGAGUACGUGUUCGAAGACGAGCCUUUGCCGCUAGUCGACAACAGCGACCAGGUAACACUGGUGGUCGACAUGUCGAGCGACGGCAGUCAGCCAGACAAUGUGCAGUCGCUAUCCUCGUCGUUCAUGGUGUCCGGGUUUGACUGGACAAAGCACGACGAUGUGCAUGAUUUGGUUGUGAGCGGUAUAUCGCUGGACAGCGCGCAUUUGACAGAGCCAGUGGCCAUAGACAGCCGGCUAGGUGCCAGCGCAAGCACGCGCGACUUGUUCCAGUCGAUGCAGCGCACGUCGCACAUGCUGGCGACUCGGGUUGAUAUGGUCAAGAAGGCGCUUGAUAACAAUGACGGCAACAAGCCGGACGAGGCUGGCAAGGACACAUCAGGCAAACGAUGACUCGUAAAUGCUGCAGAUACAAUAAAUUUUUGAAAAAA